CAGCGAGGGGCUCUCAAACCAGAGAAAAACACGAUGGCUUUUCUUCUCUGCUCCAAUCCCCUCUCCAUCUCUCUCCAUUCAUCUACAUUUUCGCCGUCGCCAUCGCCAUCGCCGUCGCCGUCAUGUUUUCCAGUGAAUUUCGCCGCCCUGAAUUCUAUGUUACUCAUGAAGCCUACUGGGUUUCAGCCAAAACACUUCAAUGGGGUUAGACUUCGAAACCCCUCCUUCGUUGAAAAUACGGUGUCAUUUACUGUCAAGGCUGCAUCUGAGAUCGAUGCUACGGGAGAAACCGACAGUAACGAACCGAAGCCCUCGGCAGAAGCUAAAAAGGAGGAUGUUCCAGUUGACAAACUUCCAUUAGAAUCAAAACUGCAAGAGAGGCUGGAGCAGAAGGCAAGGAUGAAGUUGGCAAAAAAGAUUAGGCUGCGGAGGAAGCGGCUUGUUCGGAAACGCCAUUUGAGGAAGAAAGGACGAUGGCCUCCAUCAAAGAUGAAGAAGUUGAAGAACGUUUGACAAUCUUCAGCUCCUUCAAUUCUUGCAGGUUUAGAGGUGACCCCAUUUCUCCUCAUUGCUUCCAACUUUCUCUGUCUAAUUUCUUUAUACUUUCAUGAAAAUGUACUUGCUUCAUUAUGUAUCUGAAAGAACCCAGUGAGUGAUGAAAUGUGCAAAUUGUGCUCUUAGUUUUGAAUGACUAACGGUCAGUUGAAAGGAA